CACCCUCACGAAUUCGCGCUCAGUCGCUUCCUUGCUAUUCUCACGACACUCUUUCCUUUUCUAUUCUUCACGAGACAUCAUGCGUUUCUCCAGCUUUGCCAUCAUCUCCUCCUCUCUUGCGGUGCUCGUCGCAGCCGGCCCUAUUGUCGACAAGCGGGCUUCCUUCACCCUGCAAAACGGCAAGGACGCACAGAAACUCAACGCCAAGUUCUCGUCGUUGAGCGCAAGCUCAGCAUGCCAGUCCGGCGAGGUCGCCUGCAUCAAGGGCGCCUUCGCGCAAUGUGUCAACAACAAAUUCGUCACCACCCCGUGCUCUGGUGGGUUGACAUGCGUUGCACUACCGCUGGUUAACAGCCCAGGCACCAGCAUCACUUGUGAUACCGAGCAAGAUGCCGCUGACCGCAUUGCUCGCACUGGGGCAUCAGGUGGCCUCCGCGGUCGGGAUCUCGAGUCUCGAGCAGCGUUCACGUUGCAGAACGGCAGGGAUGCACAGGCGUUGAACAGGAAGUUCCAGUCGCUCAACGCGAACUCGGCAUGCCAAGAGGGCGAGAACGCGUGCGUCAACGGCGGCUUCGCGCAGUGCGUUGCGGGCAAGUUCGUGACCUUCCCAUGCAACACGGGCUUGACCUGCUUCGCGCUGCCCUUGGUCCUUUCCCCCGGUACCAGCCUGGUCUGCGACACUCAAGCGGAUGCUCAGGCUCGCAUUGCCGCGACAGGAGCGGGUGGGAUAUUUGGCCGCGACGAACCGGAAUUGGAAGCUCGCGCUGCGAAGGCUCCCGCCGCUUGCAAGGCGAAGAAGCGGGAAGACUUCACCGAACGGUCCGAGGAUGCGCCCCUCGUGCGCCGCAUUGCGCAGACGGACCUCGGAGCGGUCGCGCAGAGCUGGCAGAACCUGUGCUUGAAGAGCGGCGGCGACCUCCAGACCGGCGACCCCUGCGUGCAGCUCGCGGGCAUCAACGGCAUCAACGCCCUGCUCGCAAACGCGGACCCGUGCGCUCAGCAGGACAACGCGGACGCGAUGAUCAAGUUCGCGAAGUCGAAGGGCAUCAAGAACAAGCAGGCGCUCAUCGACAACGCGAUCUCUUACGCAAGGCACCCGCGCAACGCGCUGAACAUCAACGGCGUCGUGCCCAGCACGCCGUUCUGCCAGCGUGCGCCCAAGAACGCCGAGCUCAAGGGUGUCGUGCGCGCGCAGCUCAACGGCGUCGACCCCGGUCUCUUUGGUGCCCCCAACAUCGCGAUCUUCCCCUUCGGCCAAGCCGGCUCCUGCCCCUUCGGCAAGACCCCCAACACCUCGACUUGCACUUGCAAGUAGAUAUGACAAAGCUUUUUACGCAUCUCUUAGGAUAUGAGGGUUAUGAGGUAGCAUAGGAAUCAUGUGUACAGCCAAACAAUACAUGUCUUCGAGUGCUCGAUUGUGCCA